CAUACAUGUGCGUGUGCACACGCAUGUGCUCGCCUGCGUGUGGGUGUGUGAAUGCUUGUGUCAGGGUGGAUUCGCACGGGAGUGUGGGUGUUCCUCAGGUGUUGUCUCAACCUGUCCCUCACACCCUGCCCUUCCCCAGUCAUCUGAGCUUGGAGAACUGGGGUUCGUGCCCACCCGACUUCACUGUUCUCCCAGUGUCACUCACGGCAACUCUCCCAAGCUCACAUGGGCAGUAGUCUCAGCUCUCCUAGAACUGUACCGGCGAAAGGAUGAGCCAGGUCCUGGAGAUACCAUCACCAAGCCCGGCUGCUCUAUCUCUGGGAGACUGAGGCAGGAACAGGUGCCCACCCAGAGGGUGGGUGUGGAUUGGAUUCCAUUCCCCACGGGAGCCAAACCGGAGGGGAACAUGGAGCUGCUGUCCACACCCCACAGCAUUGAGGUCAACAACAUCACCUGUGACUCUUUCCGCAUCUCCUGGGCCAUGGAGAACAGCGACCUGGAGAGGGUCACCCAUUACUUCAUCGACCUCAACAAGAAGGAGAAUAAGAACUCCAACAAGUUCAAGCACCGGGAUGUCCCAACCAAGCUUGUGGCCAAAGCCGUGCCACUGCCCAUGACGGUGAGAGGCCACUGGUUCCUGAGCCCCCGCACAGAGUACAGUGUCGCGGUGCAGACUGCUGUGAAGCAGAGCGACGGGGAAUACCUGGUGUCCGGCUGGAGCGAGACGGUGGAGUUCUGCACUGGGGAUUAUGCCAAGGAGCACCUGGCACAGCUGCAGGAGAAGGCUGAGCAGAUCGCAGGCCGCAUGCUGCGCUUCUCCGUCUUCUACCGCAACCAUCACAAGGAGUACUUCCAGCAUGCCAGGACCCAUUGCGGGAACAUGCUGCAGCCUUACCUGAAGGACAACAGCGGCAGCCACGGUUCCCCCACCAGCGGCAUGCUCCACGGAGUCUUCUUCAGCUGCAACACGGAGUUCAACACGGGCCAGCCCCCUCAGGACUCUCCCUACGGCCGCUGGCGCUUCCAGAUUCCCGCCCAGCGCCUUUUCAACCCCAGCACCAACCUCUACUUUGCAGACUUCUACUGUAUGUACACAGCCUACCACUAUGCCAUCCUGGUUCUGGCCCCCAAGGGCUCCCUGGGGGACCGCUUCUGCCGAGACCGCCUGCCCCUCCUGGACAUUGCCUGCAACAAGUUCCUGACCUGCAGUGUGGAGGAUGGGGAGCUGGUCUUCCGCCAUGCCCAGGACCUCAUCCUGGAGAUCAUCUACACUGAACCCGUCGACCUGUCCCUGGGCACCCUGGGAGAGAUCAGCGGCCAUCAGCUCAUGAGCCUGUCCACUGCCGACGCCAAGAAAGACCCCAGCUGCAAGACCUGCAACAUCAGUGUGGGCCGCUAGGGACUCCUGGGGAGCUGCGGAGCUAGGGAGAGAUGACAGGCAGGGCGCAGUGGGUGGCAUAGGUUCAGGGAGCUGGCUUUCUCUCCCCUAUCACCCUGCUCCCUCCAUGCCUUCGGUCUCCCCCUCCCUCACCCCUGGGCAUUAGAGGCAGCAGAGGGUGGUCCCCUUGGUAGGCCUGAUAGACCUGGAAAGGCUCUUAGCCUCUGUAGCUUGGUGGGGGGUUGGAUUUCUGGAGACUUCCCCUUUCCUCUGGUUUCCCAGUCCUGCUGUUUCUUGCUUUCUCCCAGGCCUCCAUCUCAUGGAGACUUGCGGCCUUCCGGGCCUUCCAGGCCAAAGCCCAUGUGUAGCUUGCCUGCCUCCAGAGGCAACACGGAGAGCUGUGGGGUGCUCUUCCUUAGCCCCACCCACCCCACUCAGGUCCACCACAGGAUGCCCCUGCCCACUCAGCUGGGCCUGGGGGCUUCCCACUCCAGGUCUGGCCCCGUCCCUCUAUAAAUAAUCUCCUGCACUGCUGUGACCCCAGCUGCUCCUGACCCAAAGCACCUCCUCCUGCAUGGGGAGAGUUGUCCCUUCCCUUUCCCCCAUCUUGUCACCUGCACUCAGAGGCCCUCUUUUUCCUCUUGGCUUUGGGGCAUCCAAGCUGUUGGAGUUUUUCGUUUCAUCUAUCUGAAGAUGACAGAGACCCCAGCAGACUUUCUCUCUUGCUCAGAGCACUGGGGCCUGGAACGGCAGCCGCUGGGGUUGAGGAGGGGGAAAGAGACCCCUGAGACCCAGAACAGCCCCUUCCUUAGGCAGAGCAUGGGCUGCCUUCCACCCUGAGGGGACCUGGUGUGGAACUAGGCCUAAGGGCUUUCUCGCAGAGCCCCGGCACCUGCCUGGCUGUGCACUUUCCUUGCUGUCUCUGCCACGGUGCCGCGACUGCACUGUGCCUGUGUGUGAUCUGGACUGUGGCUUCCCCGCCACCCCACCUCGUGCCCCUGCCCACUGGCGCUGUCCCCGCCACCCCCUUCCUCGAGCCUAUUGGCGGAGAGCCCCUUCCCUGGGGAACUCUUGUUGAAGACUUUCCCAGGCCUAAUAAGUGUUUUUACCUAUUUCCUACUUUUGUACGGGUCAUGAGGGUGGUGAGGGUGGACCCCCUGAGACAAGCAGACCAGGUGGGGUGACGGGGAGAGGUGUCGAUGGAGGCAACUAGCUAUUGGGGGAUGACGGAGGUGACGUCAGGCAGAAGAGAGCAGCCUCCACAGUGACAGCCAGAUUUCUGUGAUGAAGGACAGAAGGAGCCCGCAGGCCAACAAGGCCAUAUCUCAGUAAGGGGCAGGUGAGGCAGCUGGUCGCCUCUUCUGUGGCCACAGGGAGUGCUGUGGUUAGCUGUCUCUGUGGCAUGGAUGAGAUCAGGGGGGCCUGGGAAAUGCGUGGAGAAGGAGAGGACAGGGGCCCCCAGGCCCUUUCCCCCUCUGCUGGCAGCGUUGCUGUGGGGGUGGCUCGCUGCCCUCCCCUGGCCCGGAGUCUGCCCCUGGCUGGGGCAUGCCCGCCUGUGCUGUGCUUGCGUUGUGCAUCAAUAAACCACCAUGGCCUGAGA